GAUUCCAGAAGUUCUAGUCAGUCAGAGAUCUUGGAAUGGGGAUUGGAUAGGUAGCGUUAAAAUAAAAACAAUGAAUAUAACCAGCUAAGUUUCUUUUUGUACUCUUGAAUUUUAUAAAUAACAGUGUGGUUUCUUGUACAAGUGUUUAUAAUUUUUCAAUGAUUGUGUCUAAAAUUUAAAAAGCUGUGUUCACUUAAGUUCGUAUUUAUAUCAAAUUUCAUAAGUCUCCAUAGUGAAAGUAAUCCAACACGCCAGGUCCCAAUUAUGUAAAAUCGUGGCUUAAUUCUUUUAACUUAACAUGCCAGACAUCUCUGUACAGGUGAAUCAACCUGUUACAUGAAUGGCAAAAGGAUGGGUGAUAAAUUAGGGUUAGGUACAGAUGUGAGAGAACUUAAGUUAGGUCCAACUUUUACCAAUAGUAAAGGAACUGCAUUUCACACUUUAAGGUAUGACUUCAAACCAGCAAGUGUGGAUGAGAGCAAGCGGGCAACAGUGGAUGUGGGAGCGAAUCAUCAGGUGACUGUUACUGUUCCUCACCAAAAUGGCUCUGGAACUGCUCAGACUGUUUUCAAAGGGUCUCAUCGACCUUACCAGCGAGAAUGUGUGCUCAUCAUCGACCGAACAACUGGAGAGAUUACUCUAGAAAAGUUGACAAAUAAUAUUCAACUCAAGAAGACUAGGAUGGAGAAGUCGAAUAGUAACAGCGUGGGCAGUAGCCACAACGCUGCAGCGCCUAUGGAAAAGAAGCCCUCGCCUCCACAGCAGUCGAGCCACAAGGCGCCGCGAGGUCUAGGCGUGCCUCUGCCCAAGCACUCCCCCCUCCCCGCCUCACCUUCAUACAGCAACAAGAGCCCCCAGGUCUCCAGUUUGAGUCUUUCACCAGUAGCUGCUGGUAGUCUUCCGAUGAUAGGCUUAGAAGACCCACUGGACAAUGCUUUCUCAUCCCCCAACCUAUCAGAGGCGUUGCGGGAAUCUCCCUACUACAACAAUCAACUGCAUGAGCCUGAAGAGGACUCAGCAGUAUCCAGAGUGGGUGUGUUGUCUGCGAGCUCCUCCAGCAAUUCCUCCAGUGACGGUGACUCAUCUGAUAGUGACAGCGACUCUCCCCCGGCACACAACGACUCUAAGCAGAGGCUCACUAAUGGACAUGUUAAUGGAAGCGUACCCCCAGCGGCUUUGCUGGAAGCAGAUCUGGAACUGUCAGAGAGUGGCACGGACUCAGACUGUUGACUGCCUUGUGUAAAUAAAAUACUCGAUGAUAAGGUGUACUCAUAUGCUACAUCGGAAUAUAUGGCACAAAUUGAUAUAAAAUUA